UUGAUUUUUUCCCUCUUAAUCCUAUCUGUUCUAGUUGCAGUAUUCUGAGAGGUGCAUGCAGUAUAUUUAGGCAACAUUUUAAAUAUUUAGGCAACAUUUUAAAUGUUUAAUACUUGGCUUAACUCCAAACUAUUAACAACCCUAACAGCAAUUGUGUUUUUACAAAUGUCUCUUACCUUUAUUUUAAAUAAAAUUGGCACCUCCUGUGGAUAAAAAUUAAUGACCAAAAUUAAAGACCAGAAUUUAAAAUGUUUUUCCCUCUAAAUUGUAUUAGAACUUUUUUUUUCUGAAAGAAUUACAACUAUGCAAGCCUCUAAAUUUUUAUUUUUAUUUUUUGGUAACUUUAUGGAGUCAUUUUCCUUCUUUUCAAACACAAUUUGUUAAAUGUAUAGGUAUAAUUAAUGCUGUUCUAUAAUUAUUGUGUAAUGCCGGUAUAUUGUAGACUACAACAUUGAUGUGAUACAGCCAUCUGAAAUGUCUUUGUAUUAGAUUAGUUUAUAUCAGAUGGAAAUUGUGUCACAUAAAAGUUAGGUUUACUGUUUAAUUAUUCUUGUUCAACUACAUACAAUAUUAUAUAAAAAAGUGUAGUAUCUGCUGUAAAAUCCCUUCUACUAUAGUGAAAGCAUAGUAAAGUGUAAUAAAGCAUAGAUAAGCAUUAUAAAGCCCAUAGAGGUAUGGUAAUGCAUAUACAAAAACAUGUCAACCAUGAUAAUCUAUGAUAAAUGCAUAGUGUAACCAUGUUAAAGCAGGGGAAAGCUAGAAAAUGACAGCGCAUAAAUCCUGUGGUAAGUUUAUAAAGGACACAAGCUAAUGUGCACCCCAUUCAAGGUCAGCCCUACAACAUCCUGUUUGUGUGCAGCAUUAUAGUAACAAAUAUGGACGCAUACGCCAAAAAUAGACAUUUCAAGUGACCUCACUAAAGGUCUUUAUAAUUAAUCCCCCCUCCUCCCUAUUAAACUGAAUUGCAUGAAAGAAUCUUAAAUAAACUCCUGCUUUGUUACAUUUGAUUAAAGAAAGCCUCUAGAUUGUAAAAAGAAAACGUAUAUUAAAACAAUAGAAAGAAAAAUAAAAAGUUCAUGUUUGUAAUCGGAGCAGUACCUCGGUAAGUAGGACAAGUGUUUAGUCUCAGUGGAAUUGAAGCCUGUAGUGCUCCUGCAUUUCAAGGUCUGUACAGUGUUCACUCCCUGCUUUUCCUAUUCAGCUGGACUCCCAUGUGAUUUAGCAGAGAACACAUUCAAGAAAUGCUCACAGGUGAAAGGCUUUGCCAGUCCAAGUCUCACAAGGAUGCUGUCCUCACAGCCCUGAACCAGCAGAGACAUGAUGGGAUUCUCUGUGAUGUCACCCUGGUUGCUGAGGAACAGAAAUUCCAUGCCCACAAGGCAGUCCUGGCAGCAUGCAGCGACUAUUUCAGGGCCAUGUUUAGUCUGUGCAUGGUGGAAAGCGGAGCUGAUGAAGUGAGUUUACACGGUGUCACCAGCGUGGGAUUGAAGCAGGCUCUAGACUUUGCAUACACAGGGCAGAUCUUGUUGGAUCCCAGUGUGAUACAGGACGUGUUGGCUGCAGGGAGUCAUCUUCAAUUGCUGGAGCUCCUGAGCUUGUGCUCCCACUAUCUCAUCCAGGAGCUGAACAGCUUCAAUUACCUCGACCUGUACAAGCUGGCGGACCUGUUUAACCUGCCGCUGCUGGAGGAGGCUGUGGUGAGCUUCCUGGUGAAGCACCUGUCCGAGCUGCUCAGCAGUCGCCAGGAGGAGGUGCUGGUGCUUCCCUACCGUCUCCUCCGGGAGGUGCUCAAGAGCGACCGGCUCACAUCGCUCAGCGAGGAGCAGAUCUGGCAGCUGGCGGUGAGAUGGCUAGAGCAUGACUGCCGCUACCAGUAUAUGGAGGAGCUCCUGCAGUAUGUGCGUUAUGGCCUCAUGGACGUGAAUGCCCUCCACACUGUAGCCCAGGUGCACCCUCUGGUACAGGCCAGUGAAACUGCCACAGCCUUGGUCAAGGAGGCCUUAGAAUACCACCGCAGCCCCUACGCACAGCCCAUCUGGCAGACCCUUCAGACCAAGCCUCGCUACCAGUCUGAAACGCUUUACAUUGUGGGGGGGAAGAAGAGGGAGGUCUGUAAGGUGAAAGAGCUGAGGUUUUUCAACCCCAGGGACCGGGAGCACGUCCACAUUGCUGGAGUAUCGAACUGGAGCGAGCUAGCCCCCAUGUCCGUGGGGAGGAGCCACCACUGUGUGGCCAUCAUGGGGGACUUCCUCUUUGUGGCAGGGGGUGAGGUGGAGCAUGCCACGGGCCGCACGUGCGCUGUCAGGACUGCCUGCCGGUACGACCUGCGUGGCAACAAAUGGACCGAGAUUGCUCCCAUGAAAAACUGCAGGGAACACUUUGUGCUGGGGGCUCUGGAUGAAUACCUGUAUGCAGUGGGGGGCAGGAACGAGCUCCGCCAAGUCCUGCCUACCGUCGAGAGGUACUGUCCAAAGAAAAACAAGUGGACCUUUGUGCAGUCGUUUGACAGGUCACUGUCGUGUCAUGCUGGGUGUGUGGCUGAUGGUCUGCUCUGGAUAUCAGGUGGUGUAACGAACACUGCACAGUAUCAGAACAGAUUAAUGGUGUAUGACCCAAGUCAGAACAAGUGGAUUAGCCGCAGUCCAAUGCUGCAGAGGAGAGUGUACCAUGUAAUGGCACCGGUCCGCAGAAAGCUUUAUGUCCUCGGGGGAAACGAUCUAGACUGCAACAACGAUCGGAUCCUGGUGCGGCACAUAGACUCCUACGACAUUGACAUGGAUCAGUGGACGCGGUGCAGCUUCAGUUUGCUUACAGGGCAAAACGAGUCAGGAGUAGCUGUCCACAGUGGAAGAAUAUAUCUUGUAGGAGGAUAUUCUAUAUGGACCAAUGAGCCAUUGGCUUGCAUCCAGGUGCUGGAUGUUAGUGCAGAAGGCAAAGAGGAGGUGUUCUAUGGCCCGAUGCUCCCAUUUGCUUCCAACGGCAUAGCAACCUGCUUCCUCCCAGCUCCAUACUUCACAUGCCCCAACCUCCAGACCCUGCAAGUGCCUCAUCACAGAAUCGGUGCUGUGUAAUAAAAAAAAAAAGCAUUGAACACAUCUGCAGCCUCAAGAUCCAAUGUGACAGGCCAGCAGAAACAUCCUCUAAACAAACCAAAUGUCUCUCAUUUGCAGUGUAACUUUCUGCAGCAUAAAAGCCGAAAAGACUGUGGGUCUCGCUCCCCAGAAGUGAAUGUUGGAAAUGGAUGAUGCAGCCUCGGCAGAAACACAGACAUAUACGUACGGAGCCUCAGUGUAAGAGUGUAGAAUGGGCCCUAUUAAAACAAAAGCCAUAUUUAAAGAGUUUCAGCAAUAGUACAAAUGUAUUAAAUGUAUGUAACGGGUAGAAAAUGAAUCAUUCCACCACCCACAAAAAACAGCAAACCUGUGAAAUUUGCAGAUCUGCAAUACAGGUUAACAUAUGUAUUUUAUUUCAGUUAUCAUUGAUACAAAACUGGAUUUGGUGAAUAACCUGACAAACUUUAUUUAAUGCCAAAAACAAGCAACUUUAACCUGCUCACUCAGACUUUCAUUGUAAGCAACUGUGACAAGGUAGCCGAGUAGAUGACAUCCCCAGACCAGAUAGCUGACAGAGACACACACACAGGUACUACAGGUGAAAAGCGCACAGCAGCGCCGUUUUUAUUAAACAAAAAUAAAUAUUUUAACAAAAACAACGCACAGAGCAAAAUAAAAGUCUAAACAAAAACUGGUCAUGAACACGGACACCAAAUAAACUAGUACUGUGCUGGUCUCCCCAGGACGAGCAGCAAUUGCUUGCUUUUUACUUUUGGUUUUGUUUUUGCUUUUGUUUUUCUCUGCUCGUUCUCGUUCUCUCCUCUGAACACCCACCAGGAACAACAAAAGUUGCGAGGUUUUUUGCUUGUGACCAUCUCCAAAUUAACAGUAAAUUAAUCAAUUUCAGAGAUGGUGACAUUCUACACGAGUUUUGUUUUGCAUGGUCGACAGUCAAUCACACACUGCCGACCACGCAUUCACACGAGCUGUCUGGCAGAGACAAGCUGCUAACACCACCUCUGCCAGACCACAUUCAAACCAAACACAAUAACAAAGAAAGCACUCGUUUUAAAUACACCAUACAUUUUUUUAACUGUGUUUUAACUAAACACAAAAUACAUUUAAAUCACAUUCACCCAUUCUAAAAUCAACAAUACAUAUAUUUACAAGCAGGCUUUGCCCUGCCCCCUCUAAUUAUGUGCAGGGCUUUUCCUCUGCCCUGCCACAGCGACACACAUGGAAUUUCCCUCAAGGAGUUAAGCACUGUUUUUGUCUGAGGGGGCUGCUGUAGUUUGGGGUUGUGUUAUUUGAUUUAAAUCUUUAAAGUACAGUAUGGGAGAAAGUUGAGUGUGAAUUGAAAUCUUAGAGUUAACUGUAUUAAAUUCCCAGGUUUUGACUCCCUGCUUUAUGUCUUCACACAUUUCAAGGUACAAAAAGUCCCAAUCAAGCCAAAGAAAGCAAGCCCCUGCAUAAAUUAACAGUUUUACGACGUGAGUUUGAUGUGCUUAACACAUUUUAAUGGCCGUACAUUUUAAAACAUACUUUCAGUGGGCGUUUAUAAGUCAAACAAACUGAGGCGUUGUGAGUGCUUGAUGAUGGUGCAAGCUGUUUUAAAAUGUAAUAAGACCAGAAUAAGUGAUACCAAGAUUUAAAUUACCAAUAUCAUAAGUAAGAAAUUUAGAUUUUAUAAAGUGAGUUUUUUGUUUUAAUGUUAACUGCAUUUCGUAUACCAACAUUAUUUUCUUGUAUCUUCAAUUGAAAAAUUGAUGUCAUCAAAAUGAUUACUGAAAUGAACAUUACAGUAAAGCCUGUCUAAUCCAGUAUUUCAUGGAACCGGGAAAUUUUGCCAGAUUAGGCAGUGUGCUGGUUUCCAGAACUACUUUAAAAUGUAUUACAGUACUGUGGCAAUGUGCCCAGCCCCUGUGUGCAUUUCUGUGUUGUAUGUUGCGUGUAUAGAUAUGGCUGCACGGGAUAUAAAUGGGUGUGUGCAGCACGAGUUAUUUAAAAUGUAUAAUUGUAUUUAGGCACGGGAUUGCACAUCACUUCACGUGCAUUUUAAGUAUACAAUAUGCGAGCACGAGGUUGCACAUAAUUAAUUCACGUGCUGGGAUUCAAGUGAUAAUUAAUUAGUAAUUGAAUCCCGGCACAACAGUAUAUAUAUGUGCACGUUUCAUUCACUCGGGGUUGUGUGUUCGGUGAGUGGAGAACGGGAGAGAGAGAAGGAGAAAUAAAUUAAUAACAAUUGCUAUCGCGUGCUGGUAGGACCAGCACGAUACUUGUUUGUUUAUUUUUACUCACCGUGUUUGUGUGUCUGUCCGUCCACCGUUUGUUUAAGUGUUAGUCCGUUUUGUUUGUCUGUUUUAUUUGGCCUCAAGUGCCGUGUCCUGUUUUGUUCAACCGUUUAUUUAUUUGUUUAUUAAAAUACUGUGCGCUGCCAUUUGCGUUUUCAGUUUCAACCCCA